AUGCCCCUCGACGACGACGACAACCCGUUCCUCACGCCGUCGCCGGCGCCGGCGCCGCUCGCAGGCAAGGGCAUCGCCAGCGCCAACAAUGGCGACCCCGACGCCCACGACAACGAAGACGACCCGGCCGACGCCCCCUUCGACAUGGCCCUCUUCGCCUCCAUGUUCUCCAAAAAGGGCGUGUCCUCGCAGACGAUCCGCAAGGGGCAGAAGGACUUUGAGGCGCACGGCACGCGCGCCCAGGACGCCGCCCUCGAGACGUCGCGCCGUGUCAUCGAGGACGUCCUCGCCUACACGCGCCUGCACACGGGCGACUGGAACCGCGGCUGGCUCUUUGCCGACUACUGGCCCGCCGCCCUCGCCGAGCUCGCCACGGCGCGGCCCGAGUUCGUCGCCGCCCUCGACCCGGCGCUGCACGCCGCCGACAGGGUCGUCGUGCUGGAGGAGCUCAAGGGCCCCCAGAACAGGUCCGUCGGGCGCACCGUGCGCGGCAUGAAGCCGCCGAGCCCGGCCGUCGGCAAGGUCUGGCUGCUGCCCGAGGAGGCGCUGUUCAUGCUCGAGCGCGGGUCCUUGGACCUGUGGUGGCCCGACAGGACGCUGCAGGAGCUGAUGCCGGGGCUCGCGAUCAAGAGGAGCAGGGGCGCGAUGACGGGCGGCAAGACGACUGCACAGCGGGGCGACGACAACCACAGCGGCGCGCCGGCUGACGGAGAGCCAGAGGCGGAUAGAGAAGAAGAGGAGGAGGACGACGACGAGUUCGCCGAUGGCGUUCCCCUCAGCCUGCAAGCAGCCUAUGCGCUUCUCAUCGGCGUCGAGGGCGAGCGCGGAAAGAUCACGUUGCCGAAAUACCAGGUCUACGCACACCUCAAGAGAGGCGGUUACCACGUCCAGCGGGCGCCCGCGGGCGAGACGGCCACCCAGGCUGCACCCUCACCGGCAUCAACCCAACCAAAGUCUGUCUGGCAAUGGCUCUUCUCCCUCUUGAGCCGACCGGAGCGUGGCCGCCAGGCGCCUCCCUUCGGCCCCCUCGUCCGGCCCGGUCUCUACCGUAAAUACGCCCCGAUAUACAAACAGCUCGAACUCAUCCCUCGCUUCGACCCCCGCGAGAAGGCGGCUGAUACAGCCGCGCCCGAGGAUCCUUUCAAGGUCUUCUUCCAUGUCUGGCGCCCGUCCAAGCACCCAAUCUUCUCCAAAAGCGAUCCGCCACCGCCCGACCUGCGCAUCGCCGUCGUCGACGCCAGGGACACGUUCGUUCCGGAGCUGGAGCAGCUCGAAGCUCUCUUCGACUCGACGCCCUAUGACCCCGCAGACGCGUCGCUCUCGGCGCCGGGGCGCUUCUACCCGCGCCUCAAACACGGCCAUCGCAACGUGCUCAUCUCCGUCGUCGACCGCGGCCUCGUCAAUUUUAUGCGAUUCGGCCAGGCCGCCUUCGCCGACGAGAAGCUGUACGAGCGCUUCGACCUGCCGAACCGAGGCCGAGGUGGGAAGAGGGGCGGAGGCCGCGGCGGAAGAGGAGGUAGGGGCCGUGGUGGACGUGGUCGGAGAUGA